AUUCCGCAGCGAGAAGGUCAAAUACAAAGGUCUAGCGGCUGGUUGCGGGAGAGUGCUGGACCGCUAAGAAGGCUGGUAUGGCUGGAAGGGGUCAUGCAAAACCAGGAGGGCCUUGUGUAGCUUGGAGAACGAGCUCGAAGGGGUAGUUAAGGACAGUUAGGGAGCUUCUAGUUCCUUCCGUUACCUAGCAGUUUCCUGGCCGGUGCCACCCCCAACAUGGCGGUUCUGUAGCUCUCUCCUGCGGAUUAGCGGAAGUACGUAACGUGGGCGCCGGAAGUGAUGGGAAGACCCGCCCCUUGCCGGGGUCUCUGUGGAGCGGCGGACGCGCCGGCUUCGAGCAUCCCUAACCUGGCAGGCGAGAGGCCCUGGGGCUGCGGCUCCAGAGGCCGCUGCACGGCCCGUUCGCGACAUGGCCAGCCCCGAGGAGGACAUGGCCAACAAUGCUGCCACGCCUCCCGUGGCAGCUGAGGUAGUGGGUGAUGCUCACCUGCUGGGCUUCUCUGAUGAGAUCCUCCUGCACAUCCUGAGCCACGUGCCCAGCACAGACCUGGUGCUGAAUGUGCGGCCCACUUGCCGCAAGCUCGCAGAGCUGUGCCUGGACAAGAGCCUGGUCCACACUGUGCUGCUGCAGAAGGACUAUCAGGCCAGCGAGGACAAGGUGAAGCAGCUGGUGAAGGAGAUUGGCCAGGAGAUCCAGCAGCUGAACUUGGCUGGCUGCUACUGGCUGUCCGGCUCCACCAUUGAGCAUGUGGCACGGUGCCGCAACCUGGUCAGGGUGAACCUCUCAGGCUGCCACCUGACGUCCCUGCGCCUCUCCAAGGUGCUGUCAGCCCUGGAACACCUGCGCUCGCUGGCCAUUGAUGUGAACCCUGGCUUUGACGCCAGCCAACUGAGCAGUGAGUGCCGGGCCACGCUGAGCCGCGUGCGGGAGCUCAAACAAACACUGUUCACACCCUCCUACGGUGUGGUGCCCUGUUGCCCCAGCCUGCACAAGCUUCUGCUUUACUUUGAGAUCCUGGACCGCACACGUGAGGGCGCUGUGCUCUCAGGCCAGCUCAUGGUGGGCCAGAGCAAUGUGCCCCACUACCAGAACCUGCGCGUGUUCUACGCGCGCCUGGCCCCUGGCUACAUCAACCAGGAGGUGGUGCGCCUCUACCUGGCCGUGCUCAGCGACCGCACACCAGAAAACCUGCAUGCCUUCCUCAUCUCUGUCCCAGGCAGCUUUGCUGAGAGUGGGGCCACCAAGAACCUCCUGGAAUCCAUGGCCCGGAACGUGGCCCUGGAUGCCCUGCAGCUGCCCCGGUCCUGGCUGAAUGGCUCAGCCCUCCUCCAAAAUAUGAAGUUCAACAACCCCUUCUACUUCAGCUUCAGCCGCUGCACCCUGUCUGGUGGCCACCUUAUCCAGCGUGUCAUCAAUGGUGGGAAGGACCUGCGCAGCCUGGCCAGCCUCAACCUCAGUGGCUGCGUCCACUGCCUGUCCCCAGACUCCCUGCUCCGCAAGGCUGAGGAUGACAUUGACAGCAGCAUUCUGGAGACACUGGUGGCCUCCUGCUGCAAUCUGCGGCACCUCAACCUCUCCGCUGCCCACCACCACAGCUCCGACGGCCUGGGCAGGCACCUCUGCCAGCUCCUGGCCCGCCUUGGCCAGUUGCGCUCACUCUCCCUGCCCGUCUGCUCCAUUGCUGACUCAGCCCGAGGCCCACCUGCCCAGCCCGUAAUGCAUGCAGCACCCCGGGGCUUUGGCAAGAAGGUGCGCAUCGGGGUGCAGACUUCUGCAGGCCCCUUCCCGGGCCCAGCAGCCCCCCAGCCGGCCUCUGUGUUCUGGUCUCUGCUGAAGAGCCUGCACUUUCUGGAACACCUGGAGCUCAUUGGUUCCAACUUCUCCUCGGCCAUGCCACGCAACGAGCCCGCCAUCCGUAACUCCCUUCCACCCUGCAGCCGGGCGCAGAAUGUUGGGGACUCUGAGGUGGCUGCCAUCGGCCAGCUGGCCUUCCUGCGGCACCUGACGCUGGCCCAGCUGCCGGGGCUCCUGACCGGCUCGGGACUGGUAAACAUUGGCCUGCAGUGCCAGCAGCUGCAGUCUCUCUCACUGGCCAACCUGGGCAUGAUGGGAAAGGUAGUCUACAUGCCUGCCCUCUCUAGCAUGCUGACGCACUGCAGGCAGCUGAAGGACCUCAGGCUGGAGCAGCCCUACUUGAGUGCCAAUGCCCAGUUCUUCCAGGCACUCAGCCACUGCGCCUCCCUGCAGCGCCUCUGCCUUGUGUCCCGCAGUGGCACUCUGCAGCCCGACGCUGUGCUGGCCUUCAUGGCCCGCUGCCUGCAUGUUGUCGUGUGCCACAUGUUCACUGGUGACUCUCUGGCCACCUGCAAGAGCCUGCAGCAGUCUCUCCUCCGCAGUUUCCAGGCUGAGAGGCCCGCGUUGAACGUCGUCAUCUUCCCCCUGCUGCACGAGGGCCUGGCCGACGUCAUCCGCGACGUGCCCAUGGUGCACCUGGACGAGGUCACCUUGUUCAAGAGCAGAGUGGCUGAGGAGCCGCCAAACCUGUGGUGGUGACAGGCCCUCCGCCCUGCAUUGGCCCUGGGGACAUGUCACAGAGGACAGCAUCUUCCUGGCAUCCUGCAACCCCACCCUGGCCGCCUGAUACCCCAUUUCCUCUUGUGCUCCCCCACCCAUGAAGUCUGGGGGAUGACAGAUGGGGGGUGGACGGCAGUGUGUCCCCUCCUUGCAGCCUCCAUGUCCCUCAGCUCUAGUGACCAUGGCCUCCUGCCACGGGGCUCUGGGUUA